AUGAAUCUUACAAAAGAAGUUGAUUUCGGACCGAUUCGUGGAAGGGGUCUUGUUGCUGCUCAAUUUAUAAAUCCUGAAGACAUUCUUUUUUCAGAAGACCCUCUUAUAUGCUGUCAGUUUUCAUGGAACAAGCUCUAUGGAUAUAAAGCUUGCGAUCAUUGUUUAUGUCCACUCGAAACAUCGGAGGAGAAUGCUAGAAGACUUACUAACAAUCCGUCGCUUGUAUUACCUUAUCCAGAGGCAUCGUUUCACUGUAGCCAAACUGUUCACUGUCCUAAUUGCUUAGCUAACUACUGUUCCCCAAACUGUCUCGAAUCAGCUGCUCUUACAUAUCAUUCUCCAAUGUGUAUGGCAUCCAUCGAAAAAGGCAAGGAAAAUCCGUUAGAAAAAUUAGACAUAAUCUGGCGACAGUCUCAUUAUCCUCCAGAAAGUGGUACUAUCUUUUUACUCGUUCGUAUUGCUGCUGCAUGUCUAUCAGCGUGUCUUAUUGGUUCAUCGACCUCACAGCAUUUAGUUGAAGCACUAAGACAGUUUGUUUCUAGUACAAGUGCAAUGAUCAAUGAAAAUGCAAAUGAUAUUCUCUAUCAUCAAAUACUUGGUGAUCAGUUUGCUACAUAUAUCGAAGAGAUUCAUAGUGCAUUUAUUGAAGUACUCUUAUUUUUAUGUCAAAAGUUUAGUCAUGCUACAUCUUAUGAUGAAUGCAUUCAAACCCUGCAAAAAGCCGGGAUAAACACAUUAUUAGAGAAAAAUCAUUUUACAAGUGCUUUAUGUCUGAUUAGUCGUAAUGGUCAAGGUAUUGCAACAAGUGCUUUCAGUGUCUGGGUUAAUCAGGCUGGAAAAUUAGUUGAUACAACAAAUGAACAAACAUCUAAUGAAUUUAAUUCGUUUGUCGACCGGCUAUACUCGGCAAUUGAUGAUCACGUCGGUUCUUUUUUGGACAACGAAGGGGUCGGUUUAUAUUACUACCAAAGUCGGAUUAAUCAUAGUUGUUCACCGAAUGCAAUAAUUCGUUUCAGUGGAGUCAAUAGUCGACUAUCUGUGGUUGCAUUGACACCGAUUCAAGAAGGUGAAGAAGUCACUAUCUCCUAUUUGGAUCAUUGUCUACAAUCACGUGGUCGUCACACAAGACGUAAAUACUUAUCAUCAAAUUAUUUGUUUUGGUGUGAUUGCCCUAAGUGUGAAAUGGAAAAGAUUGAUGGUGCAUUAAGCGUGACAUCCUCAUCUGAAGACGAUGAAGAUGGUGAUGACUAUUGUACUCAACAAGGCAAAUGUGAAUAAUUUCAUGAAAACUCGUCAUACCCUCCCACCCAACCACUCACCCUCAAUACACAUGAAAUAAGCUAUUUUGACAAAUUCUUUGUAUGAUAAUUUGUGUAAAAUAAAAUUCAAAUCAUGAAUAAUCCUUUUGGUAAUUGUUCUUGCUCUGUUACGUUGUUAUUGAUUGACUGAACAAUUGUUUGAUAAAGAUAUCUGUGUCCAGCUCAAACUAAAAUAGACGUGAAGUAGAAUACCAGUCUCUUUACAGAUUGUCAAAAUUUAAGCGUUUGCACGACUGAGAAAGUCACGUAGCUAACUCUUAAUUUAACUCUUUUUUGUCAUUAGUUAGUCACUAUUGAAAAUUAUCUCUGAACAUGGGUAAUUCUAAACAAAUCAAGAAUUAAUAUUACCAUUAAGUCAGAAGUGAAAUCAGUCUUAAUCCACAUUUACUAUGCACGACAAACAUUGUGAAACGUAGAAAAUUAUGACAAGAACCAAUUCAGAUUGCUUUUAUUUAAAGACUGGACGAAAAACAGUUCAGUAUUUAUGCCUCCCUCUUAAUUGUAGUAUACCAAGACAAACGUUUGCAUAAAUUCUAGAAGGGAAGGUCAAUAGAGCCAUGGGCUAGUAGCUAAGGUGUUCAACCUUCAGCCAUCAAGUCCCGGGUUCAAACCCCACCCCAUCUGCUCCUCUUUGGCAACUAGGUUGUAAAAUAAGCCUUCACAUUUAAAGUGUGCCUGAUACCCAAGAAAUGAGAACCAAACCCUUUUUCAAAAAAUGACACUAAUGUAUAGCUUUGGCUUAACGGCUAAAACACUCGGUGUUAGAUUUAUGUUUUAUAACUGUAUUACUCAUGGGUAACGCGUUUUUACGUCACAAUCCUCUUUCGUACGCUUCAUCGAAUAAUCGUG